AUGCAGCAGCGGCUGCACGCUGCAGCACAGGCCCGGCUUUUGCCGGGCCUGCACCGCCUGGGCUGUGGCGCCUGCCCGGCCCCAAUCCUGGCAUUCCGUGUCGGAGCGCAGCGUGUAGACAGCAGCAGCCCGAGGCUGGCGCGGCGCGGCACGGCGCUGGUCACCACCGCCCGCCAGUCGUCGCAGGAGGCGGGCAGCGGCGCCAGCGGCGGCGUGGGCCUCUUCCCGGCCGGCAAGCGCCAGGCUCGCGUGCAGCUGCCCGCCCUCAUGCUAGCUGUCACGGCGGCAGACGUGCUGGACCCAGCGCAGGCCGGCGGCGCGCUGGAAGCCCUGAGCGCGGCUGUGGCCGGCGGCGCCACGGCGGUGGUGCUUGCCCAGGGUGCCGACGGCGGCGGCUCUGGCGGCGCGGAGCUGUACGAGGCUGCGGUACGCCUCAAGGAACUGCUGCGCGGGCGAGCCGUGCUGCUCAUCGCUGACCGAACCGACAUUGUCGAUGCGGCGGGGGCGGACGGCGCGCUGCUGACGGGCGCGGGCCUGCCCACCAUGGUGGCCAAGCGCAUGCUGCAAGACGGCCUGGCCCUGGUAGGGCGCGUGGUGAGCAGCGCCGAGGCGGCGGCAGAGGCGGCCGCAGACGGUGCCAACUUUGUGAUUCUGGAGCCGUCCGGCCCGGGGCUAGCUGCUCCCAACUCGGCGGAGGCGGUGGCCUCCCAGCAGCAGCAGCGCAGCAGCGCCAGCAUCCCGGUGGUGGCGGCGGUGUCGGGGGAGGCCGGCAGGGACCAGCUGGCGCAGCUGCUGGCGGCAGGCGUGGACGGGCUGGUGGUGCAGCUGGGAGACCUGCAGCCCGUGGCGGCGGCGCUGGCGCGGCGGCAGCCCGCGGGCGCCGGCGAGGCCGCCGCAGCCGUCAUGCAGCAGCUGGCCGGCGGCGUGGCCCCGCCUGCAGCCUCUCUACCAGCCGACGCGGCAGCUGCCGCGGCGGGGCCGCCCCAGGCGGUACAGCAGGCGGUACAGCUGUCCCAGCUGCUCAGCACCAGCAGGGAGGAGCUGGUGGAUGCCGAGCGCCAGCUGUUCACAGAGGCAAGCCCUGCUGCUGCUGUGCUGGCCUUCUUGGAGCGCUGGUGUCCUCAGAUGGGGGAGGCGCAGCUGCUGCGGGACGCCGUCAAGCAGCUGGACGAGCUCUUCCUGCUGGUGGUGCUGGGCGAGUUCAACAGCGGCAAGUCUGCGGUCGUGAAUGCCCUGCUGGGCCAGCGCUACCUUGCGGAGGGCAUCCUGCCCACCACCAACGAAAUCAACGUGCUGAAGCAUGCCGAUCCCGAGCACGUGCAGACGGCGGCGCAGGACGGCGACGGCGUGUUCACGCGCUACCUCCCCGCGGAGCUGCUGCGGGAGGUGAAUGUGGUGGACACGCCCGGCACCAACGUCAUCCUGGGGCGCCAGCAGCGGCUGACCGAGGAGUAUGUGCCGCGGGCGGACCUGGUGCUCUUUGUGCUCAGCGCCGACCGGCCGCUGACGGAGAGCGAGGUCCGCUUCCUGCAGUAUGUGCGGCAGUGGGGCAAGAAGGUGGUGUUUGUGGUGAACAAGACCGACAUCCUGAGCUCGGCGGCCGAGGUGGCGGAGGUGGUGUCGUUUGUGCGCAGCAACGCGGCCCGGGUGCUGGGCGUGGAUGAGCCGCAAGUGCUGGCGGUCAGCGCGCGGGCGGCCAUGCAGGCCAAGCUCGAGGUGCUCGGGGACGGCAGCAACGGCAACGGCAAGCUGUCGGGCGAGCAGGCGGCGGCGCUGGCGGCGCACCCGGCCUGGCAGCGCAGCGGCUUCGAGCCGCUCGAGCGCUUCAUCUUUGAGUUCCUCACAGGCGGCAACCCAGCUGCUGCUGCCGCGGCGACGGCGGGCAGCAACGGCACGGCGCGAGGCGGCGGCGAGGGCAGGCAGGCUGGCGCGGAGAGCGUGCGGCUAAAGCUGGAGUCUCCCCUGUUUGUGGCGGACGCGCUGCUGGGAGCGGCGGCGCAGCAGCUGGAGCAGGAGCUGGCUGUGGCGCAGCAGGAUGCUGCCAGCGUGUCAAUUGUGCGCAGCCAGCUGGCGGCCUUCCGACGGGAGAUGGAGAAGGAGGGGCAGCUGCAGCGCGACGAGGUGCAGCGGCAGGUGGCCGGCACCGCCAAGAAGGCGGCCGCCAUCGUGGACUCCAUGCUGCAGGCACGCUGCCACGCUGUGCUGUGCCACGAUCUGUCCAACAUGGAAGUCAUCACCUCCUACCUCUUCGGCCGUGCAGACGACAAGCGCGCUCUGCCGGUGGCCGCCAAGUUUGACGAGGAGAUGGCGGCCGAGGCCACCGCGGGGCUGACGGGCCUCGUGAAGGAGCACUCCGCCUGGCUGGCCUCCAACUGCCAGCGCCAGCUGGCCAACUACAGGCAUGCACCCACCCCCUGCGCUGUGCUGGACGUGCCGCCCAUCUCUCGGCUUGCGCUUGCGCGCCGCGUCCACCUGACGUUUGCGGAGCAGCGUGCGGCGGCUCUGGACGAGACGCUGGAUGGGCUGCUCAGCACAGAGCUGGAGGGCCUGGACUCUGAUGCCGGCGCCCGCAGGCGGUGGCGGGAGAUGCGACAGCUGACGACGGAGGCUGAGGUGGCGGCUGCAGACGGCGGCCCGCCGCCGGAUGCUGAGGCAGCGCUGGUGAUGCUGGAGGAGGAGGUGCGGGAGGCGGUGAUCAGCACAGCAGGCACAGCAGCAGGCGCGGCGGGCUUUGGCGUGCUGCUCACCGCCAUCCUGCCCACCACAGUGGAGGACCUGCUGGCCUUGUGCCUGGCGGCCAUGGUCGGGUAUGUGUCCAUCCUCAACCUCCCCAUGCGCCGCGCCGAGGCCAAGCGCAAGCUGGAGCACACGACCACCGCGUUUGCGCAGCUGACCGCGGCCGAGGUGCGGCGGGUGGAGCAGGCGGAGGCGGCCCGCGGGCAGCUGGUUGACACUCUGGACCGCCUCAAACAGCGGGUGGCCAACGUGGAGUGA